AUGGGCUCCAGACAUGGAAGCCUCGAUACGCUCAAAAUUCUCUUGGGACGCUAUUAUAUAUUUAUCAAGCCUGUUGGAAGAACUGAUCUUGAUGGCCGAUGCUGUCGAGUCUUAAACGAAGCAGCUCAUGGUGGCCAUCUCGAGGUAGUCAAGCUUCUGCUCGAUCACCCGCUUCUUCAGGCUGAUGUCCACUACAACACUAAUGGUUUCACGCCGAUUAUGGUAGCUGCCGAGGCUUCAUAUCGCAAAGACAAUCUUGGGAAAAAAGAGGCCGUCAUCAUCUUCUUGCUUGAUCGAGGUGCUCGCGUGUCCGACGCAGAGUACAUAUGGGGCUCCUCUCUUGACCCUAGGACUGGCGAGUAUACGAAGAAACAGAUGCCGAUCCUGACGGCUUUGAACUUUGCUGCAGAGUAG